AUGGGCUCCCUCAGCCCGGCCUCGAACCGCAGGCCUCUGCACGAGGUUAUGCCACCCUUGGUCCUCGGUACGGCGACCUUUAACUCACAAUAUGUCUCGGAUCCGCUCAACCCAGACGUGCUCCCCGCCCUGUCCAUUGUCUCGCGAACUCUCGAGCUGGGUAUCAAUGCCUUUGACACGUCCCCCUACUACGGCCCCUCGGAGACCAUCCUCGGCGAUGCGCUCGCCCACCCUUCCAACGCGUCCAAGUACUCGCGCGAGUCCUACUUUCUCGUGACAAAAGCCGGCCGCGUUGCCGGCGACGAGUUUGAUUACAGCGCCGCCUGGGUCCGCUACUCGGUAUGCCGCAGUCUCGAGCGUCUGCACACCCCCUACCUCGAUCUGGUUUACAUGCACGACGUUGAGUUUGUAUCGUCCGAUGAGGUUCUAGAGGCUGUACAAGAGCUGCGUCGCUUGAGAGAUGCAGGCAUCAUCCGAUACGUCGGCAUCAGCGGCUAUCCCGUUGGCGUACUUUGCGAUCUUGCCGAGAUGAUUCUCGAAAAGACGGGAGAGCCGCUCGAUGCCGUCCUCAGCUACAGCCACUUCACCAUCCAGAAUACCACACUCGGAACAUCUGCGGUGCAACGCUUCACCAAGGCUGGCGUGGAUGUGGUACUCAACGCCAGCAUGCUGGGCAUGGGCCUCCUGACCACGCGCGGCGCCGACAAUGGGCCCAUGAAAGCUUGGCAUCCGAGCCCGUCGGGGUUGCGGGAUUCGAUUAAAGAUCUUGUCUCUGUUGCGACGGAAGCUGAUGAGAAGCUCGAAGUAGUCGCUAUCCGCUGGGCCUUGGACAACUGGGCCCGUGAUGGUGCGUCACGGGGCGGCACCUCUCCCUGGCUACCGGCAGGCACGCGAGUGGGCGUGAGCGUCAUGGGCGUCGCCAAUGUGCCCGAGCUAGAGGAGACAUGGCGGGUCUUCUGUAGUGUAAUCGAGGGCUACAAUCCAAAACCUUCGAGCGCCGAGAUGGCCGAAGCACAUGCCUGGAGUCUGGAGAGGCGGCAAAAAAUUCAGAGCCUCGUCGAGAAGAUGUGGGCUGUGCUUGGUGAAUGGAAAGAUUACAGCUGGAGCAGUCCCGGCCCGGGUUUCGUCAAUACACGGCGGAAAGAGGAUCGGGGAGUGUAUCCCAAGAGCGAUGGCAUAUACGACAAGUACAUCCAAAAGCUUGAACUGUGA